AUGUUGACGCAGAGUACCGUCUUUGCGCUUCUCGGCGCCGCUUCGUCUGUGGCUGCUGAUGUAUACACCGUCCCUUCUCAGCCAAACGCCAACGGCGAGCCGUUUGAUGGCUUCGUGAGCUACUCAAUUGAGUUCGCGUCGUUUCCUGAUUUCGCUGGUAACAAAUCAGCUCCAAACACAUUCUCGUACAAUCUCAUCAACAACCUCGGUGCACUAUCUGGUUCCAAGCCAUACAUUCGCGUCGGCGGCAACACUCAAGACUAUGCACUCUACAAUGCGUCGCUCAAGACUUCUCUAGUUGGAAUUGUCGACCCCAGCAGAUCGCCUGACUAUCCAACCACCAUUCACAUUGGCCCCUCGUAUUUCGAGUCAUACAGCACUUGGCCUGGUGUUAAAUUCUCCCACGGCUUGAAUCUGGGUCUCGGUGCUAAUAGAUCGGAGGGAUGGCAGACCCUCGUUGACACUGUUCCUCUGGCCUGCAAGGCCCUCAGCCAUGGAAAUUUGUAUACCUGGGAGUACGGCAAUGAGCCUGAUCUCUUCUCGACAUCGGCUCAGGGACCUGUGCGGCCUUCCACUUGGAAUGAGAGCACAUAUGCUUGGCAGUGGCUCAACGGCACGGCUGAGAUCAAGAAGCAGAUCCAAAAGCACUGCCCGGCGCUAUCGCUCUUUGGAGAACCCAAGUUUAUGGCUCCGUCUUAUGCCGGCACUGGCAAUCACCUCAAGGCACCCCUUGCUUUCCAGGACGGCCUUGACAAGAACAAGGAUAUCCAGCUCUUUUCAACUCAUAACUACAUCAGCGGUGCCACUUCUCCUGGCGUCACCCUGCAAGGAACGCUGAUGAACCACUCCAAGACCGUGAGCUCAAUCCAGGGCCAUCUCCCAGAGUACAAUGCCAUUUUCGCCACUCCAGAAGCACAGAAAGCCACUCCUCUGAUCUUUGGCGAGUGUAACUCUCUUUACAACCAGGGCAGACCAGGCUUGUCCAACACCUUUGGAGCCGCCCUUUGGGGUAUCGACUUCAACCUGUACGCGGCUUCGGUAGGCUUCAAGCGCGUCCAUAUGCACAUGGGCACCAACUAUCGUUACCAAGCCUGGCAGCCAGUCGAGACAGACUUGGCCUCUAGGGGCACCAAAGCUCCUUACUAUGGCAACAUCGCCGUCUCUGCCACCUUGGGCGCUUCAAACCUCCUCCCCGUCAGCAUCACCAACAUUCCUCUAGCCGAUGCCCGCGAAGCCGCCUACGCAGCUCACUACACAAGCCCCUUGCUCAACGGCCAUCUCGCCCGCAUCACCGUCCUCAACAUGCGUGGCUACAACACCACCGUCGACGGCCAGGGCCUUGAACCGCUCCCCAAUCCUCCUUCACGCUCCAUCCAGAGCUACACUUUCGCCGUGAGUGGCGUUCGCAACGGGGAGCAUGUUGGCAUUCAGCGUCUGCUGGCGAAUGGAAGCGACGCCAUCACGGGCAUUACUUUUGACGGAUGGAGCUACAACUAUGAGCUUGCGUUAGGCAAGCCCGUGCGUUUGCACAAUGUCACUGUGGGAGAGACUGCGGUUGUGAAGAAUGGACAGGUCACUGUUCAGGUGCCGGAUUCGUCGGCGGUUGUGCUGAACUUCCCGCUGUUGUGA